CGAUUCAUUUAUUGUCCAUGGAACCACCAAUUUAUUGCUUAAUAAUUUCCAUCAAGAACCUCUUUUUUGGCUUCAAAUUGUUAAUGAUUUUAUGAAAUGACAGCUAGUUUUUCUGAAUCUCUUUUGUAAUGAAGAAAUUCUGCCAAACAAGAAAAGAUAAAUAGUCAAUUUCUGCUCGCCAGAAUAAAUUUUGAGGGGAAAGAAAUUGUGGGCUAAGCCUAAUCUUGCCGAGUCGUCGCUGUCAUUACUGCACAUAGGAAUUCACUCCGUCCUUGCGACUGAUUGUUAAUUGGAAUUUCCGCCAUGCCAUGGGAGCUCUAGCUGUUGUUGAUUUCGUCUUCUUCCAGUAGCAGGAGUCGGGUGGUACCGACUGUUUCGUGGUCGUGAGUUGAGGAGAAGAAUGUCGGUCAGAAUGAAAAUUGGUUCGUCGUUUCCAUCUGCUUCCGCGCCUCCUUCUUCUUCGCCUUUUCGCCCUAAGGUAAAUUUGAAGUUGAUCUCAAAGGUGUCCUGGCUCGGCAUUUCAGAACACUCUAGAAAUACGACAGCUGUUAAAUCAUUCCAGCUCAAACACAGAAAACGUAUGGUAAAUGAAAGGCUAUCGAGAAAGCAAGGCAUCCUCUUUGCAACCUUGGGGGAUCAGGAUUUGCGACAGAACAUUGAACCUGAAGAGUCCGAGGAGCAAGAACUGCAAGACUCUUCCGAAGAUGCUACCCCCACUGCAGUUUCCGACAAUUCUAUCGAAGUAGCUCAAGGGAAACCGGGAUUUAUUUCAUUUUAUGGACAUUCCAAGAAAAUAGAAGAUCAGAUUCUUGUGCCUGUCCCCAAAAAGAAUAAAUAUUACGUAGUGUGGUUCGUUGGUCCAACUAUCCUCGUCUCAUCUUUCGUGUUUCCUUCACUUUAUUUGCGCAGGAUACUCUCUACGAUAUUUGAAGACUCUUUACUAACCGACUUUCUUAUACUGUUCUUCACCGAAGCCCUUUUCUACUGUGGAGUUGCUGUGUUUCUUUUCUUAAUAGACCGUCGGCAGAGGCCCAUGAGGCAGGCAACUGCAGGGACAGUCCCAAACCUUGCCCCUCGCUUGGGCGAUCGGAUAUCCUCUGGUGCUAUUUUACUGCUCAGUCUUAUAAUCCCGACAGUGACAAUGGGUUUUGUCUGGCCGUGGACAGGCCCUGCAGCUUCUGCCACUUUGGCACCUUAUCUAGUUGGGAUUGUCGUCCAAUUUGCCUUUGAGCAGUUCGCAAGACGCAUUCGCUCUCCUUCCUUAGCAGCCAUACCUAUAAUCUUCCAAGUUUACAGGUUGCACCAACUGAACCGAGCCGCACAACUGGUGACGGCUCUCUCUUUUACCAUAAGAGGAGCUGAGAUGACUUCACACAACAUGGCUAUAAAUGGAUCGCUCACAACACUUCUGAAUGUUCUUCAGUUUCUUGGCAUCGUUUGCGUAUGGUCGCUUUCAAGUUUCAUCAUGAGGUAUUUUUCAUCUGCCGGGAGUCCUGACGCCAUCAGGUAA